CAAGGUUGAGCGAGUAUAGAGUGAGUUGGAGUGACCACGACAGACGGAUAAUUGAUUGUGGAAGAUUUAAUUGCGGAAUCCCCUUGAGCGUCAUAAUGGGUGGAGAAUCCGCCAACAUAUCAAGUUCUGCGAACCAGCAACAGAGCCUCCCUCACAGACCGGCCAUGGAGGCUUCUAACCCCUCCGUCUCAAGUGCCCCGCCUCCGCAAAAAGCUGCAAAAGCGAAACCGAAAAAGCCUGAACCUGCUACAGAAGUGCCUCUACCGGAUUUUAUUAUAGAGCGAAAUAAGCUUUUCGAAGAACUUAAGCAGAAGCAUGAUGAAGAAUUAAAGCAUAAGCUGCGCUUCGAUAUCACUGUUACGAUCGACAUUGGAGACUCGAAUCCCUCCACCGUCAUUGGCAAGGCGUGGGAAACCACGCCAGGCUCGUUCCUACGUGAUAUACCCAAGGAGAUCAGUUCUACUGUGGUGAUUGCGAAACUGGAUGGGAAGGAACUGUGGGACCUGGAUAGGCCGUUGGAGAGAGAUUGCAGGGUCACUUUUUUGCCCUUUGAUUCCGUUGAGGGAAGAGAGGUUUUCUGGCAUUCUAGCGCUCACGUCCUGGGAGAGGCUUGCGAAUGUCAUUAUGGAUGUUUGCUUUCCCAUGGUCCGCCAACGCCUCAAGGGUUUUUCUACGAUAUGGCCUUGGAGUCAGGUCAUGUUGUGAAGGAAGGCGACUGGCCAGCGCUUGAUGCAAAAGCAGCCCGUAUUUUCAAGGAAAAGCAACCUUUUGACAGACUGGAAGUCUCGAAAGAGGAUCUGAAGAAAAUGUUCGCAUAUAGCAAAUAUAAAUUGCACUACAUUAAUAAUCUCGUUGAAGGGGAGAGUAGUACAGUUUAUCGAUGCGGUACCCUCGUCGACCUUUGCAGAGGGCCUCAUAUCCAACAUACGGGCAAAAUUAAGAUUAUGAAGAUUAUGCAGAACUCCGCUGCCUAUUUCUUGGGUGAUCAAUCCAAUGAUGCUCUACAGCGGAUACGUGGUGUAGCAUUCCCCGAUAAGAAGCAAAUGCAAGAGCAUCUGAAAUUUCUCGAAGAAGCUGAAAAGCGGAAUCACCUUAGAAUUGGAAAGGAUCAGGAUUUGUUUUUCUUCGACGAGGUUUCCCCGGGGUGCCCAUUUUUGCUUCCUAAUGGCACAAAAAUUUUCAACGCCUUGCAAAAGCUUUUGCGGUCCGAGUAUCUUAAGCGCGGUUAUCAGGAGGUUCAAUCGCCAAACAUGUACGAUGUUGGCAUCUGGCGUCAAUCCGGACAUUGGCAACAUUACAAGGACGAUAUGUUUAAGCUUGAUAUCGAGAAAAGAACGUGGGCAUUGAAACCCAUGAAUUGCCCCGGACACGCGAUCAUGUUCGGACACAAAGAACGAAGCUAUCGAGAACUACCCAUUCGGAUGGCAGAUUUCGGCGUGCUGCAUCGAAAUGAAGCAUCUGGUGCUCUACACGGGCUCACGAGGGUGCGGAAGUUCCAACAGGACGACACCCAUAUAUUUUGUACUGAGGAUCAGAUUAUGAAAGAGAUUGAUGGCCUUUUUGACUUCCUCCGUGCCAUAUAUGGAUUAUUUGGCUUCAGCUUUAAGUUGAAACUAUCCACAAGGCCGGAGAAGUAUAUGGGGAAGAUCGAGACAUGGAAUUACGCCGAGGAUCAAUUACGUGCUGCUUUGACUAAAUUUAAGGGCAAUGACUGGGAAGUUGAAGAGGGUGAUGGCGCCUUCUAUGGACCCAAAAUUGACAUCACAAUCCAAGACGCGUUGAAGAGAGAGUUCCAGUGUGCCACCAUCCAGCUGGACUAUCAAAUGCCAGUGAACUUUAAACUGGAGUACAUGACUGGCGAGACGGGAGCCAAAGCGAAGCCUACAGAGAAACCGGCCGAAAACCCCGACGAAAAGCCAGCAGGUGAUGCUGCUAAACCAGAUGCUCCUCCCACCAACAGCGACGAGCCAGGCCCAGGCCGCGCCCGCCCCGUUGUUAUCCAUAGAGCGAUAAUUGGUAGCUUCGAGCGGUUCUUUGGUAUUAUCAUCGAGCAUUUCGGCGGCAAGUGGCCGUUCUGGCUGAGCCCGCGCCAAAUCUUGAUCGUACCCGUCAUGCCCGCUAUCAACGACUAUGUCGAGGAGCUGCAGCAGAUUCUCAAGGGAGACAAAUUAAACGUUGACAUUGAUAUUAGCGGUAAUACGAUGCAGAAGAAAAUCCGCACAGGCCAGAUCGCGCAGUAUAACUUCAUCUUCGUUGUCGGUGCCCAAGAAAAGUCAACACGCACUGUUAACAUUCGCAACCGCGAUGAUCCUAGUUCUCAAGCGAAAGGCAGCCUUGUUCCCUUAGAGGAAGCCCGGGUCAAGCUACGUGCUCUCCGUAAAGAACGCCGCCUUGUGAACGAACUUUAGAUAGACUUAAUGAAGUGUCAAAAGACAAAAUCAGAAAUAAAUCUCUUUUAGUAAGAGGUCUCUCUAGGUGCUAAUUUCGUUUUUUCUUUUCUUUCUUUCCUGCUUCGUUUCCCAUGCCUUAUUUACCAGUUCUCGGUUUCGUUCAGUUUCCACUCAAUACUUAGCAAUAAAAAGAGGCGGUCAUGGUUUCAAAUAAAUCUGUCAGGAAGAAAAUAUAUGAUCAUAGAAGGGAGAAGGAAAUAAUGGUAGACGGGCGGGUAUAUAGACAGAACGAAAGACAAGACAAGUCAUGGAAAGGCUGAUUUUAAACUGCCCCGACAGGAAGUAUGUUCUCUCCAUGAUUUCGUGAAGUAGAAUUUUCAUAUACGGACAUCAAGUGCUAGGUAAUAUAAUUGAAACUCCUCGUACCAACUGGGACUUGUUAACUUGACAGUUAACAUCACGGUAUGCCUUGACCGUAGCUCGUACGGAUUCUGUGCUUUCUUUUGUAUCUAAUAUAUUGCAAUUCACUGGCCCACCAUUGUCCAUCUCAUCUUCUCAUCUAAAAUCUUGAGGUAGAACAAUGAUGGGUCAGCUCUCGUUCGGCAAACAAUAAUUAAGUUGUG